AUGAUUCACGACGUAGCUGAAACUUUCUAUCUAUUAUCGGGCAUUUACUCGUUAAUAUUAAUCAUUAUUGGUACACCGGCAAAUCUUAUAUGUUUCUACAUCUUCUCACGUUUAGUUCCCAAUCGAAAUAAUCCUACUAUUAUUGUCUUCUCAUAUUUGGGUCUUAUUGAAGUUAUUAUUCCGUUUACAUGGAACAUGAAUUAUGCAGUGAGAGAAAUACUUUGGCGUUUUCUUUCACCACAGUCAUUUCGUACUCAUGGUAAUCUUGAACAAACAAGUAUUAUCGUUUGUAAACUUAUCUCGUAUUUUGCCUAUUUUUCUCUACAGUGUUCAGCAUGGCUGAAAACCGUGGCUAUACUUGCUCGAUGUAUCUUGCUACAUCACCAAUGUAAACUAAGAAAUAGACUUAAUCGUGCUGAUACGGCUAAACAAAUAUCUCUAACAAUUAUUAUACUUCUGUUAUUCAUCAACAUUCCAGUAUUCGUUUUUAACGGAAAACGAUACCCAUCAAAUAAAAAUUCAUCGGUAAACGCUAGUCAAACAUAUGAGGUAAAAUGUUAUGCUUCAAACUUUUUUUCUAUCUAUGAAAUUGUUCAUUUAAUGUUGUAUAAUUGUUUACCAACUACUAUUAUGAUUAUUUGUAACAUAUUAAUCGCUCGUAAAGUUCAUGAAUCACAUAAUCGUCUGAAAUGUACAAAAAACCGUCAUAUUUCAAAACGUUCAUUGAAACGAGGACUUUUAACAAAAUCAUUAGUAUUUAUUAAUAUUCUCUUCAUUCUUUUGACAGCACCAUCGGCACUCUUCUACAUAUUUAUCCGCCAUAAAUUUAAAUAUCGAAAUUUACUAACAAUGUCAUUAAGUAAUCUAGCAACAACAAGUCAUGUUUUAUCAUUUGUAAUCUAUUUAAUUACAUCAACUGAUUUUAGAGAUGCACUCUCGAGAACUCGUCAUCGAAAAAAUAGUCGUAAGACCUUUACACCGGAAAAAACGACAAACAGUAUACAGAAAUGCACAAGUCUCAAAGAUGCGAACGAAGUCAACUGA